CAAGAGAAGACGGGGAAAGGUUCAGCUCAGCCGCUUUGCUGACCCGACCCUCUGUUUUUGUUUGGGUUCGACGGUGCCUCUGUUCUGUUCUGUGGCUGAAAGGAGAUUUUUGCAAGCAAGAUGGGUAUCGGCUAGAAAGCAAGCAAGCAAGCAAGCAAGCAGACGUCUCCUCCUUGAACCAGACACACCACACCACCAGGCACAGGCAGGCAGCAGGAACGAAAGAGAGGCAGGAGAAGAGAAGGCUCUCCUCUCCUCCUUGUAGCAGGCAUCAUCGGUUCUGUUGUAUCAGCAAGCAAUUCAGGUUGGCAGCAGGGCGCAAAAAUUUUGGGGAUUUUUCCUUGUGCAAUCAGAACCAAGAUUGCAGACGGGCAUGCGCCGGGUUCGAGUCUCGUCCCACCACUCUCCAGUCCAGAAGCUGGGCGAUUCGCACAUGAAGCUGACGCCCAAGUUCCGGCUCACCGCCGGCACCACCUCAUCACCGUCCUCCCAGCCGGAGCAAUCUCAACCUCCAUGGGAGACGCCCCUCAUCCCGGGCCUCCCGGACGACGCGGCGCUCAACUGCCUGCUCCGGCUGCCAGUGGAGGCCCACGGCGCCUGCAGGCUGGUGUGCCGCCGCUGGCGCCACCUCCUGGCCGACAAGGCGCGCUUCUUCACGCACCGCAGGGCCAUGGGCCUCCGCUCGCCCUGGCUCUUCACGCUCGCCUUCCACCGCUGCACGGGCAAGAUACAGUGGAAGGUGCUGGACCUCGACCGCCUGGCCUGGCACGCCAUCCCCGGCAUGCCCUGCCGGGACCGGGCCUGCCCCCGCGGCUUCGGCUGCAUCGCCGUCCCCGGCGACGGCGCCCUGCUCGUCUGCGGCGGGCUGGUCUCCGACAUGGACUGUCCGCUGCACCUCGUGCUCAGGUACGACGUUUACAAGAACCGCUGGACCGUCAUGGCCCGGAUGCUCUCGGCGCGCUCCUUCUUCGCCGGCGGCGUCAUCGACGGCCGCGUGUACGUCGCCGGGGGAUACAGCACGGACCAGUUCGAGCUGGACUCGGCGGAGGUUCUUGAUCCGGUGAACGGCGUCUGGCAGCCGGUCGCCAGCAUGGGCGCCAACAUGGCCUCCUCGGACUCCGCCGUCAUCGGCGGCAGGCUCUACGUCACCGAAGGCUGCGCGUGGCCCUUCUUCUCCUCGCCGAGAGGGCAGGUGUACGAUCCCAAGGCCGACCGCUGGGAGGCGAUGCCGGCCGGGAUGCGCGAGGGGUGGACGGGGCAGAGCGUGGUCAUCGACGGACGCCUGUUCGUCAUCUCAGAGUACGAGAGGAUGAAGGUGAAGGUCUACGAUCCGGAGACGGAUUCCUGGGAUCCUGUCGACGGGCCUCCCAUGCCUGAGCGGAUCAUGAAGCCUCUGUCCGUGAGCUGCCUGGAGAGCAAGAUCGUCGUCGUGGGCCGUGGCCUCCAUGUGGUGAUCGGCCAUGUCAAGAAGCAAUCGGCUGGCAACGGCGGCGGCGGUUCUUGUGACUACUUGGUUCGUUGGCAGGAUGUGGAGGUUCCCAGGGCGUUCAGCGAUCUCACGCCUUCGAGCACUCAGAUUUUACAUGCUUAAAACUCUGCCUCCAGAAUGAAAGCUCUCGUAGUCUGCAAAAAAGCCUUGUUUCAUAUUCGUGUAUGUUGUUACUAUUAGUGGACUCUUUCCUGCUGUCAUCUUGUAUAUAUAAUCUGCAAAUGAUGAUGUAUCAGUGAAGAAACAGUUCGAAACUGUACUGUACUGUUGUUGUAAGUAGUAUAGAUGUUUCUGGGUACUGAACUAAACUUAACUGUUGCAUUUCA